UCUCUCGCUCUGUGGCUCCCUUCCUCCCCUUCCCCUUCCCCUCCUGCCCCUGCCCUCCCACCUUCUCCUGGGGAAGGGCCCCGGCUGGGGGGCGGCCUCUAAGCCGGGAGAGGUCCCAGGCCGGGUUGCCACCGCUCACCUCACCAGGCCCGGCCUCCCUGCCGGUGCCGGGUGCUGGUUUCGGUUGCGACACCCUCCCUCGGUUCCCGGUUCCCAGGCAGGAGCCGGGCUGCCUCUGGCUGAGGAGGUGGUGGAAGGUGCCGCCUGCCCCCGCCCGGCACCCCGGCCCUGUACUUUGCCCUCGGCCACGGCCACCCGCCCCGCAGGCUCUGCUGCACGGAUGUCGCCAGGGGCCUGCGCGCCUGCCUUCAGCCCGCCCCCCCUGGGACACCUGGACCCCAAGCCCAGCAGUAAGUCCAACAUGCUACGCGGCCGCAACUCGGCCGCCUCCGCCGACGAGCAGCCCCACAUCGGCAACUACCGGCUCCUCAAGACCAUCGGCAAGGGCAACUUCGCCAAGGUGAAGCUGGCCCGCCACAUCCUGACCGGGAAGGAGGUAGCUGUGAAGAUCAUUGAUAAGACUCAGCUCAACUCCUCCAGCCUCCAGAAGCUCUUCCGUGAAGUGAGGAUCAUGAAGGUCUUAAAUCAUCCCAACAUAGUGAAGUUAUUUGAGGUGAUUGAGACGGAGAAGACUCUCUACCUUGUCAUGGAGUAUGCGAGUGGAGGAGAGGUGUUUGAUUACCUCGUGGCUCACGGCAGGAUGAAAGAAAAAGAGGCUCGAGCCAAGUUCCGCCAGAUAGUGUCUGCUGUGCAGUACUGUCACCAGAAGUUUAUCGUUCACAGAGACUUAAAGGCUGAAAAUCUGCUCUUGGAUGCUGAUAUGAACAUCAAGAUCGCAGACUUUGGCUUCAGCAACGAAUUCACCUUUGGGAACAAGCUGGACACCUUCUGUGGCAGCCCCCCGUACGCUGCCCCGGAGCUCUUCCAGGGCAAAAAAUACGACGGCCCCGAGGUGGAUGUGUGGAGCCUGGGGGUCAUCCUGUACACACUGGUCAGCGGGUCUCUGCCUUUUGAUGGACAGAACCUCAAGGAGCUGCGGGAGCGGGUGCUCAGGGGAAAGUACCGGAUUCCGUUCUACAUGUCCACGGACUGUGAAAACCUGCUGAAGAAAUUCCUCAUUCUCAACCCCAGCAAGAGAGGCACUUUAGAGCAAAUCAUGAAAGACCGAUGGAUGAAUGUGGGUCACGAAGACGAUGAGUUAAAGCCUUAUGUGGAGCCGCUCCCCGACUACAAGGACCCCCGGAGAACAGACCUGAUGGUGUCCAUGGGCUACACGCGGGAAGAGAUCCAGGACUCGCUGGUGGGCCAGCGGUACAACGAGGUGAUGGCCACCUACCUGCUCCUGGGCCACAAGAGCUCCGAGCUGGAGGGCGACACCAUCACCUUGAAGCCCCGGCCUUCUACAGAUCUGACCAACAGCAGCGCUCCGUCCCCCUCCCACAAGGUACAGCGCAGCGUCUCAGCCAACCCCAAGCAGCGGCGCUUCAGCGACCAGGCUGGCCCCGCCAUUCCCACCUCCAACUCCUACUCGAAGAAAACCCAGAGCAACAACGCAGAGAACAAGCGGCCGGAGGAGGAGCGGGAGUCGGGGCGGAAAGCCGGCAGCACUGCCAAAGUGCCUCCCAGCCCCCUGCCCGGCCUGGAGAGAAAGAAGGCCACCCCCACGCCCUCCACGAACAGUGUCCUCUCCAGCAGCACAAACCGAAGCAGGAACUCCCCGCUCCUGGAGAGGGCCAGCCUGGGCCAGGCCUCCAUCCAGAACGGCAAGGACAGCACAGCCCCCCAGCGCGUCCCCGUCGCCUCCCCCUCCGCCCACAACAUCAGCAGCGGAGGAGCCCCAGAGCGAACGAACUUCCCCCGUGGCGUGUCCAGCCGCAGCACCUUCCACGCCGGCCAGCUGCGGCAGGUCCGGGACCAGCAGAACCUGCCCUUUGGGGUGAGCCCGGCCUCCCCCUCCGGCAACAGCCAGGGCCGGCGGGGGGCCUCCGGCAGCAUCUUCAGCAAGUUCACCUCCAAGUUUGUGCGCAGAAAUCUGUCUUUCAGGUUUGCCAGAAGGAACCUGAAUGAACCCGAAAGCAAAGACCGAGUGGAGACGCUCAGGCCCCACGUGGUGGGCGGCGCCAACGACAAGGACAAGGAGGAGUUCCGGGAGGCCAAGCCGCGCUCGCUGCGCUUCACGUGGAGCAUGAAGACCACGAGCUCCAUGGAGCCCAACGAGAUGAUGCGGGAGAUCCGCAAGGUGCUGGACGCCAACAGCUGCCAGAGCGAGCUGCACGAGAAGUACAUGCUGCUGUGCGUGCACGGCACGCCGGGCCACGAGAGCUUCGUGCAGUGGGAGAUGGAGGUGUGCAAGCUGCCGCGCCUCUCGCUCAACGGCGUGCGCUUCAAGCGGAUAUCGGGCACCUCCAUGGCCUUCAAGAACAUUGCCUCCAAAAUCGCCAACGAGCUCAAGCUUUAACGCCGCGCCCGCCGCCGCCGCCGCCGCCGCGCCGGACUGAGUGUGGGGCCGCGCCCGCCGCCCCGCCGUUUCUCUUCCAGCCCGUGGGGCUGGGAUGGGCCGACCCCCCACGCCCGGCCCCUGCCCCAGAGUCCUCUCUCCCCCGCCCGCACAGGAUGGGGAGGGGCAGGGGGGCAGGGCUCCCCCACGGUACUGCGGUUGCACAGAGUAUUUCGCCUAAACCAAGAAGUUUUUUUAUUACCAAAAAGAGGAAAAAAAGAAAAAAAAAAAUCCCAGCGGCCACCUUUCCUCCCUGCCCCCUCGGGACAGAGACUGGAUCUGUGGGCUCCCGGGAGGUGGCUCAGGGCUGGACACUCAGGCAGAGAGGCGGGGCCGCCAGGCCCUCCGCCAGGCCCGCUGCGGGCUGCUCCCCCUCUCCCUUCCUCCGCCCCUCCCUCCCUCCCUCCCAGCAAACCACCAGAGGUGGCCUUCCCUGACCCGGCCCUGGGCGCAGGCCUGGGCGGGGCGGGGUGCUGCUCGGCCUGGGGGGCGCAGGCGGCGGGGCCGGCGACAGGGCGAGGGGCUCCGGCCCCCCCACACACACUGUCCCCCCCGCCCCUCCCUCCCCCAGAGCUGGGCAUUUCCUUCCACAAGCUGCUGUGGGGACUUCUGUUCCCCUCCUCAAGUCUGUGCCAUCUUCUCCCACCCCUGCUGUGGUGGCGGGGCUGACCCCGUGGGGGGAAGGGGUGCCGCAGGGCCGCCUCCCCAGCCCUCCCUUUCUGGGGGAGCCUUGGUCUGAAAGCACAGCCCCCUGCCGCCCCUCCAUUGGCAUUAACCUGGGCGCCAGCCCGGCCCUAACGCUGACCCUCACUCCUCUCUCGGCCUUGCCUUUCCUUCCUGACACCUCAUCCCCCCUCAGGACGUGGCCCGCAGCCCGGGAGGGGACAGACAUGGAGGUCAGGCCACCGGGCUGGCUCUGGGCGCCGGGCUGGUGACGGCCACUGCACCCCUUAAUUUAUUUCUCUGCUGUUUCUGUUCUUGAGAAAAACGAGGGAGGAGGGGGUGGUUCCUGCAGAGGCCACCCCUGGGACCCUCACCUGAGUUGUACAUUUUUUUGUGAUGGGUUUUUUUUUUUUUCUUUUUUGAUUUAUGAUGACCCCACUCCUAAUUAUCACUCCUCCGCCCCGCCCCCCCCCAGGCCAGGCUCCGUGGCAGGUCGGGCCCUUGGGUCCCCGGAAGGGGCACCGCCAACCUCAGCCUUCCUGCCGCCCCAAGUCGUAGCCCCUUCUCCCCCCCCCCCCCCCCCCCCCCCCGCGGCUCUGGCUCUGACCAAGGGCUCCCCUCUCUCCCCUCCCGCCCCAUGGAACAGCCCCGGUGCUCCCAGGGCCAGAGGGCUCGACUUGGCUCCCAAAGGGGGUGGUGGUGGGGGGGCUCCGAGGCAAGGUGGCCCCUCCCCACCCAGCCCCCUCCUGCACUUAGUUUCUCCUCUGGAUCAAACUCGUAAUAAAGAGAAUGUUUGGAA